GUGCUCCGGUCGGCACUGGCGAUCGGUUGUGAGUUCUUGUUCACCCAGCCGAGUGGAGCGAGCUUUCAAGCUUUUCCUAGCGCUACACUUGCACACUACAAAUCUUCAAAGUCGAGUCUUCAAUAUGAACGGGUGUCGCUACAAUGGAAAGCUGACGAUAGCCAUAAGUGGGUGUCUGAUAAUUGCAGUGAUGGCCCUCACGGUUGGGCUUUGUGUGGGACUGGGCGGUGGCACCGAAGCCCUCGAGGACCAGCCCAGAUUCACGAUCGACCAUGCGGCCAACACCUUCAUGCUGGAUGGCCAGCCCUUCCGAUAUGUCUCCGGAUCGUUCCACUACUUCCGCGCUGUGCCCGAGUCCUGGCGAAGUCGCUUGCGCACCAUGCGUGCAUCUGGCCUUAAUGCUCUGGAUACCUAUGUGGAAUGGUCGCUCCACAAUCCCCACGAUGGAGAAUACAACUGGGAGGGCAUUGCGGAUGUGGUGAAGUUCCUGGAGAUUGCCCAGCAAGAAGACUUCUACAUCAUUCUCCGGCCGGGGCCCUACAUUUGUGCUGAGCGAGACAAUGGUGGUCUUCCUCACUGGCUGUUUGCCAAAUACCCGUCCAUCAAGAUGCGGACCAACGAUCCCAACUACAUCGCAGAGGUGGGCAAGUGGUAUGCGGAGCUAAUGCCACGCCUCCAGCACCUGUUCGUGGGCAACGGCGGCAAGAUCAUAAUGGUCCAGGUGGAGAACGAGUACGGGGACUAUGCCUGCGAUCACGACUACCUCAACUGGCUGCGGGACGAGACGGAGAAGUAUGUGACCGGCAAGGCGCUGCUCUUCACGGUGGACAUACCCAACGAGAAGAUGAGCUGUGGAAAAAUCGAGAAUGUGUUCGCCACCACUGACUUCGGCAUCGAUCGCAUCAAUGAGAUUGACCAGAUCUGGGCAAUGCUGCGUACCCUGCAGCCCACUGGUCCAUUGGUUAACUCGGAGUUCUACCCCGGCUGGCUUACCCAUUGGCAGGAGCAGAACCAAAGGCGUGAUGGCCAGGAGGUGGCCAAUGCGUUAAGGACAAUUCUGAGCUACAACGCCAGCGUUAACCUGUAUAUGUUCUUCGGCGGCACAAACUUCGGGUUCACUGCUGGUGCCAACUACAAUCUGGACGGAGGCAUCGGAUAUGCGGCAGACAUUACCAGUUACGACUACGAUGCGGUGAUGGACGAGGCCGGUGGCGUCACCACGAAGUACAACCUUGUCAAGGCUGUGAUUGGAGAGUUCCUGCCGCUGCCGGAUAUCACCUUGAAUCCCGCUAAGCGACUGGCCUACGGAAGGGUGGAACUCACACCCAAGUUGGCACUGCUCUCGACGGAAGGACGUGCGGCACUCUCCAAGGGUAAUCCCGUCGAAUCGAUCAAGCCCAAGACCUUUGAGGAACUAGAUUUGUACUCGGGCCUCGUCCUGUACGAGACGGAGCUGCCAAGCAUGGAUCUAGACCCAGCCCUACUGAAAAUAGAUCAAAUUAACGAUCGCGCCCACGUGUUCGUGGACCAGGAACUGGUGGGCACACUCUCCCGCGAGGCCCAGAUCUACUCGCUGCCGCUUAGCAAGGGCUGGGGCAGCACGCUGCAACUGCUGGUGGAGAACCAAGGACGCGUCAACUUCUACAUCUCCAACGACACGAAGGGCAUCUUUGGCGAGGUGAGUAUGCAGCUGCACAAUGGUGGUUACCUACCACUGGAGAACUGGCGCAGUACCGCUUUCCCGCUGGAGCAAUCCGCCAUCGAGCUCUGGCGCCGCGAACACAGCAACCAGAAGGUCAUGGAUCCGCUGCUGGCAAGGCAACGCAUUCUUCGGAACGGACCCAUCCUCUACACUGGCAGCCUGACAGUGACGGAGGUGGGCGACACCUAUUUGAACAUGGCCGGUUGGGGCAAGGGUGUGGCCUACGUCAACGGCUUUAAUCUGGGACGCUACUGGCCUGUGGCUGGACCACAGGUCACUUUGUACGUGCCCAACGAAAUCCUGCAAGUGGGCGAGAACUCGCUGGUCAUCCUUGAGUACCAACGAACGAAUAAGACGGCAACAGGCGAGGAUCUGCCUGCGGUGCAGUUUGAUGCAGUUGCUCAGCUGGACGGGGAGUCAGGUGAUGUGCCACUUAAAUGAUGGACCGCGUGUUAAUUGUUAUUCGGUAUUUCUUUAUUUGAAGCGUUUUGAUUGAUACUUGUGUCAACAACCUUCGUUAAGCAUUAUUAUAAAUGUUCUAACUCUUAUAAAUCUAUGUUUAUAUACGCCUUAAUAAAUUGCUGUUGACCUUUGCUUGACUGACUCUAUUCGAUCUCCAGCUUAUUUUCAA